CAUUAUAUUUCCAUGUACCCAGUGCAUGAUACACAUACUAAUUAUAAAAUAUGCCAAAAGUAAGCCCCUGUGACUCACACGAUAAUUGCUGGAGACGAUUAUCGACCCACAUCAUCCACUCCAGCUGUGCGUAAAAGCCCCUGUGCAGAAAGGGAGCUCUGUGACCCAAUGGCGCAUCAUCAGGGAAGGCGCGCUGUUGUUCUCUCUUUCAGCAUCUAAAAUAAUCCAGCAGAAAGGUGUAGACAUACCUGCACACAAAUAUUUAUUAAUAGCUGUAAUCCAGACGAAAAGCAGUCAUAUUUUGCUUUUUACGCAGACACAUUUAAGGGGGAUUACGCACGGUGUACAAUGAUGGAGCUCGUUAAACUUGUUCUAAUAGUUGUGCUGCUUCUGACAACUGUUCUCUCUCAAGAAACGGAUGUUGACAACUGGAGAGAAGACAUCGAAGAGGACACAUGGCCAAACUCUGAUGUAAUUCAAGAUAUGUUUAUGAGAAUGACCAGAAAACCAGGACCACGUCAAUAUUUCGGACUAAUGGGGAAGAAAGACUCCGCAAAAACGCAGACAGCACGUAAACGGCAUAGAUUUCACACCUUUGUGGGUCUGAUGGGUAAAAGGAGCUUUGAGGAUCAGGGUGUGAUACUUCCAACAGUGACACUGAAGGGCAAUUUGGGUGAAAAUCUGCGUGGUAACCGCUGACGUCAUCCCUGUAGGAGACCAGUGAGCUGCACAGAAGAUUGAGGAUCUGCGAUUAUUUUCUUACUUUGUUUAAUUUCAGACUGACAUGUUUUUCUUGUAUUUGGUCUGCCAUUGUUUCAUUAAAAUGUCACAUUUAACAGCCGAGUUUAACACAGUUGUCAAUGCUGAGAACCUUUUAGGCAAACAGCGCCAUCUAGUGUUCAAAUAAAAUGGACAACAGUCUGAAAAUGUUGAAUGUAUGACUAAAAUAAAGUUAACAGUAAUAUUUAAAUAACAAGUUUCAUGUAAAAAAAAAGAAAGAAAAAGAAGUAUCAUCACCUAACCAAAAAUUGUCCACAACAGUUUUCAUAAUAAACCCAUCUCACUCCUCAAUAUCAUCACAGGUUUAUUAAGUGACUUUGUACAAUACAAAUGAAAAAUGAAAAAUACAGAGAUGGAGUACAUAGCCAAAGCAAAAUGCGGUGUUGACUCUUUAUUUCCCACAGACCGUUCCCGCAGAGCGAUUGAAAUAUUGUUUUUCCUUAAAGCGUCCAUGGAUCACUGUUACCACUGUUACAUGUGGAAGUGGGUUACAGUGGACGUUGCUCUCAAGUCUCUGAGGAUGUUCUAAACAUACAAAAGAAGUUAUCACUUCAGCUGGCUCGGUAUAUAU